AUGGCCUCUCUCACGCGCUCCACCCGGAGGGCCAACGCUGAAGGGCUUCAUCCCCAUUCCCUUCACCAUCCCCAUCCCGUCCCCGUCCAGCAGCAGCCAACGCACCAGCACCAGCAGGCCUUCGCAGCGAACACUGUGACGCGCGCCGCCCCCCAAAACAUCUCCGCCUACCACCACCAGCUGCCCGGUCGCACCAAGCGCCAGCUCGACACGGCCGAUCUCGUCGAUUUCGACCACCCGAAGCAGAAGAGAUCGCGUUCGAGCAUCGAAAUCCUCAUCAAACCUGCUCCCCAGCCCGUCAAGCCGGUCGUUGCGAACGCGACUGCCGCCCACAACGUCACCACCACCCCGACUCCGCAACCGACGACGACGACGCCUCAGGCGACCCCCCUACCGAGGCCGACCCCGAAACCCGCGCAACAACACGUCGCGACAGUGCAUCCCCUGAAAGCCCCCUCGACCCCCGCGACCGAUAAUGCGCCGCAGUUGACAAAACAUCAAGAAAAAGUCAUCAACGGCAUUAAACAUGAGUUGGAUCGUUUGCAGCCCCGCGAGGUCGAUACCCACACAAAGGAGGGGGGCCGCAAACUGCGCUCGCAAGAGGCCACUCGUUUCAAGAGCGAGCUGUCAGCAUACUUCCCCGAGUAUGACGAGGUCAUCGGAAAUGAUCCAAAAGAACAACACUUGCUGAACGUCGAUACCCCGAUAGUCAUUUUUGACUCGAACCCCACACGCCUUCAACCGGCACCAUGGCUUCCGUUCACCGGUGCGGAACCCAGCGCGCCGAAUGACGCUUCAACGAUCCCGCCCAGCGCACAUAAAGUCCCGGUACGCGGAUACGGUGACGCGUUGUUCAGCGAUCUCGUCGAUGCACAGCGUAUAGACUUUGACUUCCUCGGGAUUUCCCACAAGAGAGAACCUGCUGAGGAUCCUCUGCCAGAUGCGUCCUUCGUGCCCUCGCACAAGAGGGCCGAGAGACUGGAAAAGUCCAUUCGUAACACAGAGCGUGGUCGGGCUCAACACGAGAAGGACCAAAUCGCACGUCUGCUGGGCGGUUUGCAAGGUCACGACUGGCUGCGAGUCAUGGGUGUAAGUGGCAUAACGGAGAGUCGAAAGAAGCAAUACGAACCGGCGAGGCAGCACUUUAUAAAAGGCUGCCAAGCCAUCCUCGAGAGAUUCCGUCAAUGGAGUCUGGAGGAGAAGCGCCGCAAAGCCGAAAAGGAUCGUGCUCUCGCUAAGGCGGAGGCGGAAGAAACGAGUGAUGAGGAUUCUUCCGAAGGUAGUGAUGAGGAUGAUGCCGAGGAAGACGACGCUGGUAAUGUCAGUGACGGUGAUCCUCCUGGCUCUUCCGACGAUGACUCUGUGUCGCAACAGCUUCACGAAGAAGCGAUAGCAAGGUCGAAGGGAGCAAAGAACAGUAAGAAGCGCCCAAGGGUGAUAAUACAACCCCGGCCUCCACCAAAGCCGGAACCGCCAAAGGAGUUCAAGUCAUUCUUCAAGAAGAGGUACGAGCGAGAUGCGGCCUUGCAUCGGCACAGGCGGGCUGGUCGUAAAGUGGUUGCAUGGGGACAUCCGAUUCCAGAGAUACCCGAGAUCGAUUUCGAUCUCCCCGAAGAGUUUCGUGACGAGGAAACGUUGAAGGUGCAGGCGAGGAAGAGGCGUCGCGACCGUCGAGGCAGGCACUGA